AUGUGGCUGGACAUCCUGCUCUUGCAGGAGUUGCACUUCCGGAGGCAGGGCAGUGGUUACGUCUUCGUCGGACUAGGAACUGGAAAGAAUGUGGUUGCUAUGUACGCGCAACGUCCUUGGGCCGCGGUAGUCGCUUGCAACCUUGAAUUCCAGAUAAUGUUUGUCUUGCAACUUAGCACGACGCACUGCGCAUGUACGGAAGUGCGAGCACCCGGCUUCUCCUUCUACGUCGCAUCGUGCUAUUUUCACUACAGCGACGAAACAGAAAAGCACCUCAAGCACCUCAAAAUGGUACUUCGUUCACUGAGGGAGCAGAUGGUGCUGAGGGUGCCAAAAGUCGGAAGCGAGGAGCAGAGAACUAAGAAAAUUCGAUUUAACACCAAUCGGGCCGACUGGGAGAAGUUCGCUGAGAGCCUCGUCGAUCUGUCCGGGUCAAGACUUGAAGUCCUCGGCUUGACGUCUGUGGAGGACGUGGUGAAGUUCGCGGAUGCUCUUGCCGGCUCUCUUAUGAACGUCUGUGGGAAGGCAAUUCCGAAAAAAAGGCAAUUUAGAAAGUCAAACCUGUUGUUGAAGAAAAAUUUGACGAUCAAAAAGAAAAUCGACUAUAGGGACAUACGGACAUACCAACAGAAAAGUGUUGAGCUGAUCCGCUCCAUUAAACUACGUGUCUACCGCUCUUCUUUGCGGGAGUACACCAGGGAGUUGAGGAAAGCGAAACUCGAGUGCUGGCAGAAAUUUGUCACGGACCAAGGCAAAUCAAAGACCUGGGGAUUUGUUUAUAAGCCUAAGGCUAAUAAGGUCUGGGUUGACAAAGUGCUGAGCACUCUCAGUGGCGGAAAUUCCUCGACCGUCACUACAGAGGAGACGGCUGCCCGCCUGCUCGACGUGCACGUACCGGAUGACGGGGAGAACGAGGACACGCUGCAGCAGCGCGAAAUCAGAGACAGCAAAUCGCAGCAGUUGUCAGAUCUCUGGAAACAACAAGGCGCCAGCGCUGGAUCUCAUCGAGGUCUCGAGGGCUCGCUCAGAAUCUUCCUGAAUGGCGAGAACACGGACGUGGAGGACCCCAAAUCCUACAGCCCGAUCAGUCUCCUCUCCGUAAUGGGGAAACUUUUCGAGAAGCUUCUUCUAAAGCGACUCAACCAGACGUCACUCUCGCCGGGGAAGAUCUCCGAUCAGCAGUUCGGCUUCACACCCGGAAGGUUGACGGACGACGCUGUCGUGGAGCUGCGACGGAUGGUCUCUGCCUCUGAGCAGAGAUACGUCAUUGCGCUGCUCUUCGACAUCUCGGGCGCGUUUGACAACGUCUGGUGGCCUCUCAUAUUGUCAGGAUUUUAA